GGCGCGCUUCCACUUAUCUAGCCGGAGCCCUUGGGCCUGGCACACAAAUCAAUUUUCCCAUCGGCGAGCUGCGACACCCUUCCUACAUAUAGCCCGUAGGACCUCUCCGACAGUUUGUCAGAGAAAUCCCAUUUUUGCGACUAGACCCCAACUUCUUACCUGACCGUUCGCCCUUUCAUCUCGCCAUCUUGCGACUUUGCGGUGAACUGCGCGAUUCUUCCCCAUCUUCUUCGGUGAACGCCUAUACACAUUCCAGGGUUCAAUAUGUCGCACGUUCACGAUCUGGAGAAGAACCCCGUGGAGUCGGGUGUUGGUAGCAUCCCUUCAUCGGGAGAGUACCCUUACGAGGAGGCUGCUGUCCCAGGGGAGAGCUUCGAGUAUGGCGAUGGUUACUAUGCUAAGAUGCAGCGCCUGGCUGGCAAGUUCAACAUCGAGCAGCGUGGUAUUGAGCGUGUGCCCGAGAACGAGAGAACCGAGACUGGCAUCAAGGCGUUGUUGAACGUCAUGACAAUGUGGCUUUCAGCCAACAUGGUCGUUUCCUCGUUCGCCAUUGGUAUCCUCGGACCUGGAUUGUUCUUCACUGGAUUUGCCGAUGGUAUCUUGUGUAUUCUCUUCUUCAACAUCAUCGGUAUAAUUCCUGUUUCGUUCUUCUCCGCUAUGGGUCCUAAAUUUGGUCUUCGUCAGAUGGUUCUCUCUAGGUUCUGGUUCGGAUGGUAUGGCGUAAAGCUCAUUGCCAUUUUCAACGUCAUUGCUUGCAUUGGCUGGUCUUCGGUCAACUCAAUUGUUGGUGCUCAGCUCCUAAACACUGUCAACAGCGAUGUUCCUGGUUGGGCUGGUAUUUUGAUCAUUGCAUUCUGCACUUUCGCCAUCACGCUGUUCGGUUAUAAGAUCGUUCAUGCUUACGAGUUCUGGUCAUGGAUCCCCACUUUCAUCGUUUUCCUCAUCACCAUCGGUGUCUUUGCUAAGACCGGUGACUUCUACAACAUCCCCUGGGAGACUGGCAAGACUGAGAUGGGUGCUGUUCUCAGUUUCGGAGCUACCAUUUACGGUUUCGCUACUGGUUGGACCUCAUACGCUGCCGAUUACACUGUUUACCAGCCCAGCACUCAGAAGCGCUGGAAGGUCUUCCUGUUCACCUUUGUUGGUCUGCUCUUCCCUCUCCUGUUCACUCAGAUGCUCGGUCUGGCAGUCAUGACUGCCACCACGAUUAACGAUGGUGACAACAUCUACAUGGCCGGUUACAAAAAGUCCAGCACUGGUGGUCUCCUCGGAGCUGUUUUGAUUCCUCAUCUUGGUGGCUUCGGAAAGUUCUGCCUUGUCAUCCUGGCUCUUUCCAUCAUUGCCAACAACUGCCCUAAUAUUUACUCGGUCGGUCUUACCGUCCAAGUUUUCGGAAAGUGGAUCCAGCGUCUUCCUCGCUUCAUUCUCACUCUUGUCGCUACCGGUGUUUACAUUGCUAUUGCCAUUCCUGGCUACAGCCACUUCGAGGCUGUCCUUGAGAACUUCAUGAACUUCAUAGGAUACUGGCUUGCUAUCUACACCGGAGUUGCAUUCGCAGACCAUUUUGUCUUCAAGAGAUCACUUGAAGCCUACAACAUCUCCAACUACGACAAGCCCCAAAACCUCGCCAUUGGCAUUGCUGCCGUUAUUGCCUUCUGCUUCGGUGUCUGCGGCUUCGUUUUGGGCAUGUCGCAGACCUGGUUCGUCGGCCCCAUUGCUCUCACCGCCGGCGACGCGCCCUACGGAGGUGAUGUUGGCAGCGCUCUCGGAUUUGCCUUUGGCUUCACCUCAUAUCUCAUCCUCAGACCUCUUGAACUCAAGUUUAUCGGUCGAUAAAAGUGUUAUGUUUGUUUAAUUCUAGAAUCGGAACAGGAAUGCAGGGCAUUAUGAUCAUGAGACUCUUAACGAAUCUUACAACUACAGCAUCUCCAUGUGAUACUUCACGGC